CCGGGGCCGGGGCCAGGUCUGGUUGCGGGGCCUGGCGCUGCGGCCGCGAGCGCAGCCUGGAGGCUGGGCUGGCCUCCGUCGGCGGCGGGCGCUCGGGAGCGGGGCCGCGGCGGCCGGAGGACAAAGGGCCGGAGUAGCUGCAGCUGAGGACAGCCACCCUCUCUUCGUCUCUGCUGAGCGAAGGCUACACGGCCCUUCCUCCUUGCAGCUGUUUCACCUUCUACCUUGCGUGGAGCCAGGCUUUUGCACUGAAUCUGAGAUGCCAUUUUAAACAGAAGACUCCAUCCUCUUGAAGAUGGGAAAUUCUUACGCUGGACAGCUGAAGACGACACGCUUUGAAGAGGUCUUGCACAAUUCCAUCGAGGCAUCCCUGCGGUCCAACAACCUGGUGCCCAGGCCCAUCUUUUCCCAGCUGUACCUGGAAGCUGAGCAGCAGCUUGCCGCUCUAGAAGGUGGUAGCCAAGUGGACAACGAGGAAGAGGAAGAAGAGGGAGAAGGAGGGCUGGAAACAAACAGCCCCCCAAACCCUUUCCAGCUGCACCCUCCGCCUGAAGGAUGCUGUACCACAGACGGGUUCUGCCAGGCUGGGAAGGACCUGCGCCUCGUCUCCAUUUCCAACGAGCCCAUUGACGUCCCUGCGGGCUUUCUCCUCGUGGGGGCCAAGUCCCCCAGCCUGCCAGACCAUCUCCUGGUGUGCGCCGUUGACAAGAGGUUCUUGCCGGAUGACAAUGGCCACAAUGCUCUUCUUGGUUUCUCUGGGAAUUGUGUUGGCUGUGGAAAGAAAGGCUUCUGUUACUUCACGGAAUUCUCCAAUCAUAUAAAUCUGAAACUGACCACUCAGCCCAAGAAGCAGAAACACUUGAAGUAUUACCUGGUCCGUAAUGCACAAGGGACUCUAACCAAAGGACCUUUAAUCUGUUGGAAAGGCUCAGAGUUUAGAAGCCGGCAGAUCCCCGCCAGUACUUGUUCCAGUUCCCUCUUCCCAGCCCUGGAGAGCGUGGCUGCCUUCCCCAGCGAGCCCGUUCCUGGGACGAACCCCAGCAUCCUGAUGGGAGCUCAGCAGGCAGGACCAGCUUCUGAUCACCCCUCACUAAGCGCAGCAAUGGGUCCGGCUGUUUUCAACGGCAAAGAUUCCCCGAAGUGCCAACAACUGGCAAAGAAUAACCUGUUGGCCCUGCCGCGACCAUCGGCUUUAGGUAUCUUGUCAAACUCCGGGCCACCCAAAAAACGCCACAAAGGGUGGUCUCCAGAAUCUCCAUCAGCUCCAGAUGGUGGCUGCCCCCAAGGUGGUGGGAACAGAGCUAAGUAUGAGAGCGCAGGUAUGUCCUGCGUGCCACAGGUUGGCUUGGUGGGACCAGCUUCAGUCACCUUUCCAGUGGUGGCCUCUGGAGAACCAGUGUCUGUUCCUGACAACUUGCUGAAAAUAUGCAAGGCCAAGCCAGUGAUAUUUAAAGGCCACGGGAACUUCCCUUACCUCUGCGGGAACUUGAAUGACGUCGUGGUCAGCCCCCUCCUGUACACAUGCUACCAGAAUUCCCAGUCUGUCUCACGGGCGUACGAGCAGUACGGCGCCUCUGCCAUCCAGCCCAUCUCCGAGGAGAUGCAGCUCCUGCUUACCGUCUACUACCUGGUCCAGCUGGCCGCGGACCAGGUGCCCUUGAUGGAGGACCUGGAGCAGAUCUUCCUGCGCUCUUGGCGCGAGUCGCACCUGACCGAGAUCCGGCAGUACCAGCAGGCGCCGCCGCAGCCCUUCCCGCCCGCGCCCAGCGCCGCGGCACCCGUGACCUCCGCGCAGCUGCCCUGGCUGGCCAGCCUGGCCGCCAGCUCCUGCAACGACAGCGUGCACGUCAUCGAGUGUGCCUACUCCCUGGCCGAGGGCCUCUCCGAGAUGUUCCGGCUGUUGGUCGAGGGCAAGCUCGCCAAGACCAACUACGUGGUCAUCAUCUGCGCCUGCCGCAGCGCGGCCAUCGACUCCUGCAUCGCAGUCACUGGAAAAUACCAAGCCCGGAUUCUUUCCGAGAGCCUUCUCACCCCUGCGGAGUACCAGAAGGAAGUCAAUUACGAGCUGGUUACGGGGAAGGUAGACUCGCUGGGGGCCUUCUUUAGCACCCUCUGUCCAGAGGGUGACAUUGACAUUUUGCUGGACAAAUUUCACCAGGAAAAUCAAGGCCAUAUUUCUUCCUCACUCACUGCCUCUUCUGUCACUAAAGCAGCAUCCCUGGAUGUCAGUGGGACACCGGUGUGCACAAGUUACCAUCUGGAGCCACACAGCAUCCGGCCCUUCCAGCUGGCAGUAGCACAGAAGCUCCUCUCCCAUGUGUGUUCCAUUGCGGAUUCCAGCACCCAAAAUCUGGACCUGGGAUCCUUUGAGAAGGUGGACUUUCUCAUUUGCAUUCCACCCUCAGAAGUGACCUACCAGCAGACUCUGUUCCACGUGUGGCAUUCAGGGGUUUUGCUGGAGCUUGGUCUGGAGAAAGAGCACAUGACGAAGCAGAGGGUGGAACAGUAUGUUCUGAAGCUAGACGCGGAGGCACAGACAAAAUUUAAGGCUUUUCUGCAAAACUCCUUCCAGAACCCGCAUACACUUUUUGUCCUAAUCCACGACCAUGCGCACUGGGAUCUUGUGAGUAGCGCUGUUCAUAACCUCUAUUCUCAAAGUGACCCGUCGGUGGGAUUGGUGGACCGAUUGCUCAACUGCAGGGAGGUGAAGGAGGCCCCCAACAUUGUGACACUUCACGUGACCUCCUUCCCGUAUGCACUGCAGACACAGCACACCCUCAUCAGCCCCUACAACGAGAUCCACUGGCCUGCCUCCUGCAGUAAUGGAGUGGACUUAUAUCAUGAAAAUAAGAAGUACUUCGGGCUGUCGGAGUUUAUUGAAUCCACGCUUUCAGGACACAGCCUCCCCUUGCUCAGAUACGACAGCUCCUUUGAGGCCAUGGUCACUGCAUUGGGAAAAAGGUUCCCCCGCCUGCACAGCGCGGUGAUCAGGACCUUUGUUCUCGUGCAGCACUACGCGGCCGCCCUGAUGGCCGUGAGCGGCCUCCCACAGAUGAAGAAUUACACGUCGGUGGAGACGCUGGAGAUCACGCAGAACCUCCUCAACUCCCCGAAGCAGUGCCCCUGCGGCCACGGGCUCAUGGUCCUGCUGCGGGUGCCCUGUUCGCCCCUGGCGGCCGUGGCCUAUGAGCGGCUGGCCCAUGUGCGGGCCCGGCUGGCGCUGGAGGAGCACUUUGAGAUCAUCCUGGGCAGUCCCAGCUCAGGCGUCACCGUGGGGAAGCACUUCGUAAAGCAGCUCAGGAUGUGGCAGAAAAUCGAGGAUGUGGAGUGGAGACCCCAGACGUACUUGGAGCUGGAGGGUCUGCCUUGCAUCCUGAUCUUCAGUGGGAUGGACCCGCACGGGGAGUCCUUGCCGAGGUCUUUGAGGUACUGUGACCUGCGAUUGAUAAACUCUUCCUGCUUGGUGAGAACAGCCUUGGAGCAGGAGCUGGGCCUGGCUGCCUACUUUGUGAGCAACGAGGUUCCCUUGGAGAAGGGGGCUAGGAACGAGGCCUUGGAGAGUGAUGCAGAGAAGCUGAGCAGCACAGACAACGAGGAUGAGGAGCUGGGGACAGAAGGCUCCACCUCGGAGAAGAGAAGCCCCAUGAAAAGGGAGAGGUCCCGCUCCCACGACUCAGCAUCCUCGUCCCUCUCCUCCAAGGCGUCCGGUUCAGCACUCGGUGGCGAGUCCUCGGCUCAGCCCACAGCACUCCCCCAGGGAGAGCAUGCCAGGUCGCCCCAGCCCUGUGGCCCCGCAGAGGAGGGCAGAGCCCCUGGUGAGAAACAGAGGCCCCGGGCAAGUCAGGGGCCACCGUCGGCCAUCAGCAGGCACAGUCCUGGGCUGACACCCCAGCCGGACUAUAGCCUCAAGACCGGCCAGAGGAGCGUCCAGGUGUCGGUCACCUCGUCGUGCUCCCAGCUGUCCUCCUCCUCGGGCUCAUCCUCCUCGUCCGUGGCACCCGCUGCCGGCACGUGGGUCCUGCAGGCCUCCCAGUGCUCCCUGACCAAGGCCUGCCGCCAGCCGCCCAUCGUCUUCUUGCCCAAGCUCGUGUACGACAUGGUUGUGUCCACUGACAGCAGCGGCCUGCCCAAGGCCGCCUCCCUCCUGCCCUCCCCCUCGGUCAUGUGGGCCAGCUCUUUCCGCCCCCUGCUCAGCAAGACCAUGACAUCCACCGAGCAGUCCCUCUACUACCGGCAGUGGACGGUGCCCCGGCCCAGCCACAUGGACUAUGGCAACCGGGCCGAGGGCCGCAUGGACGGCUUCCACCCCCGCAGGCUGCUGCUCAGCGGCCCCCCUCAGAUCGGGAAGACAGGCGCCUACCUGCAAUUCCUCAGUGUCCUGUCCAGGAUGCUUGUUCGGCUCACAGAAGUGGAUGUCUAUGAUGAGGAGGAGAUCAAUAUCAACCUCAGAGAAGAAUCUGACUGGCAUUAUCUCCAGCUUAGCGACCCCUGGCCAGACCUGGAGCUGUUCAAGAAGUUGCCCUUUGACUACAUCAUUCACGACCCAAAGUAUGAAGAUGCCAGCCUGAUUUGUUCGCACUACCAGAGUAUAAAGAGUGAAGACAGAGAGAUGUCCCGGAAGCCGGAGGACCUUUAUGUGCGGCGUCAGACGGCACGGAUGAGACUGUCCAAGUAUGCAGCGUACAACACUUACCACCACUGUGAGCAGUGCCACCAGUACAUGGGCUUCCACCCCCGCUACCAGCUGUAUGAGUCCACCCUGCACGCCUUUGCCUUCUCUUACUCCAUGCUAGGAGAAGAGAUCCAGCUGCACUUCAUCAUCCCCAAGUCCAAGGAGCACCACUUUGUCUUCAGCCAACCUGGAGGCCAGCUGGAGAGCAUGCGACUGCCCCUCGUGACAGACAAGAGCCACGAGUAUAUAAAAAGCCCGACGUUCACUCCAACCACCGGCCGUCAUGAACAUGGGCUCUUUAAUCUGUACCAUGCAAUGGAUGGUGCCAGCCAUUUGCACGUGCUGGUUGUCAAGGAAUAUGAGAUGGCAAUUUAUAAGAAAUAUUGGCCCAACCACAUCAUGCUGGUGCUCCCCAGUAUCUUCAACAGCGCUGGAGUUGGUGCCGCCCAUUUCCUCAUCAAGGAGCUGUCCUACCAUAACCUGGAGCUCGAGCGGAACCGGCAGGAGGAGCUGGGGAUCAAGCCGCAGGACAUCUGGCCUUUCAUUGUGAUCUCUGAUGACUCCUGCGUGAUGUGGAACGUGGUGGACGUCAACUCUGCUGGGGAGAGAAGCAGAGAGUUCUCCUGGUCGGAAAGGAAUGUGUCUUUGAAGCACAUCAUGCAGCACAUCGAGGCGGCCCCCAACAUCAUGCACUAUGCCCUGCUGGGCCUGCGGAAGUGGUCCAGCAAGACCCGGGCCAGCGAGGUGCGAGAGCCCUUCUCCCGCUGCCACGUGCACAACUUCAUCAUCCUGAACGUGGACCUGACCCAGAACGUGCAGUACAACCAGAACCGGUUCCUGUGUGACGAUGUAGACUUCAACCUGCGGGUGCACAGCGCUGGCCUCCUGCUCUGCCGGUUCAACCGCUUCAGCGUGAUGAAGAAGCAGAUCGUGGUGGGCGGCCACAGGUCCUUCCACAUCACAUCCAAGGUGUCUGAUAACUCUGCGGCGGUCGUGCCGGCCCAGUACAUCUGUGCCCCAGACAGCAAGCACACGUUCCUCGCGGCGCCCGCCCAGCUCCUGCUGGAGAAGUUCCUGCAGCACCACAGCCACCUCUUCUUCCCGCUGUCCCUGAAGAACCAUGACCACCCAGUGCUGUCUGUCGACUGUUACCUGAACCUGGGAUCUCAGAUUUCUGUUUGCUAUGUGAGCUCCAGGCCCCACUCUUUAAACAUCAGCUGCUCGGACUUGCUGUUCAGUGGGCUGCUGCUGUACCUCUGUGACUCUUUUGUGGGAGCUAGCUUUUUGAAAAAGUUUCAUUUUCUGAAAGGUGCGACCUUGUGUGUCAUCUGUCAGGACCGGAGCUCACUGCGCCAGACGGUCGUCCGCCUGGAGCUCGAGGAUGAGUGGCAGUUCCGGCUGCGCGAUGAGUUCCAGACCGCCAAUGCCAGGGAAGACCGGCCGCUCUUUUUUCUGACCGGACGACACAUCUGAGGAAGACAGCGGCGAGUUUUCUGGAAGAGAUGAGUGCUCAGAGCCCUCAUGCUGUUGAGGCUAAAGGGAGGCCUGGAACUGUGGGGCGUUUGACUGGAAUGGACCCCAGGGACUGUCCAGGCGCAGCCCCUCCUAGUACACAUGGGCCCUGGAGGCUGUGGUCCUGGGAGCCAGAAAAAGACUCCGCAGUGGGUGGGAAUGAAAACUUGAGACUCCCAAGUUCUGGGCCAGCCCAUUGCCCUGGGCUGUUUUAAAGCCCAUUUCACGAGGAACAGAGAUUUACUUCCUGUCCUGCCAUUCGUGUGCUUCCAUGGACAAACCUGAUUUUAUUCUCUUAGUUCUAAAGAAUCUUGGGUUAUUUUGUAGUGGUGCCAGUAUUUCAGUAGAUGGGAUUUCAGCCAAGUAGGUUCCCCUGUAACCUCCUACAAAGCAAUAUUCCAAAGGAACAUUUUAACUGUAAAGGCUGGAGACAAGAAAAAAUAAGUAGAUCGUUUUAAUAACAAUUAUUUAAUUGCCUAUAAGUUUGCUGUUUCAGAGGCUAGCCCAAAGGCAUCAAAUUUAAUAAAGUUAAACAAAUUGAUUUACUUCAGAGCAAAUAUGAUCCUAUUAAAAUAAUAUAGGGUAAAUACCCUACCUCUUAGAAAGGGCAAAAAUGCAAAGAAGCUUUCUUUAAAACUAAAAGGGUUUUUUGGGGGGGGGGUUGGGGGGAGGAAAUAAGGCUAACAGAGGUUGACCUAAAAUUAGCCUUACAAAGGAGAAAGGACUACAUUGCUUACUUGAAACAAACAAUGAAAACAACCAAAGUGAUAUAUAAAAUAGUUGAUGAGAACUAGACUUAUGACUGUAAUUUACUGGAGUUUAGUUUUCAGUUCCUAAAGUAGCUCAUUUUCUCUUACUAAUGUUUGGUUCCUCAGGGAAGAAUCUCACUUGACUAGAGAGGAGGUGGGAACAGAAGAGAGAAGGAGGCAGGGAGAUAUAUUUCUUAGGGCUCACCCCUUCACACACUGACAGAAUGUUUUUUUGUUUGUUUGUUUGUUUGUUUGUUUUUGAGAAGGAGUCUCGCUCUGUCGCCCAGGCUGGAGUGCAGUGGUGCGAUCUCGGCUCACUGCAAGCUCCGCCUCCCGGGUUCACGCCAUUCUCCUGCCUCAGCCUCCCUAGUAGCUGGGACUACAGGCGCCCACCACCACGCCCAGCUAAUUUUUUGUAUUUUUUAGUAGAGACGGGGUUUCACCAUGUUAGCCAGGAUGGUCUCGAUCUCCUGACCUCAUGAUCCGCCCGCCUCGGCCUCCCGAAGUGCUGGGAUGACAGGUGUGAGCCACCGCGCCCGGCCCAGAAUGGUUUUUAAAGCCACAGUUGAGAGGCCACCCAUUGCCUGGCGCCUGGACAGUGAUCAUCUUGUUCAUCUUGUUCAGUCCUUUCUUGUGUGAUUGGAAUUAUUAGUCCCCUUUGAAAGAUGAGAAGGUUGAGAUGCAAAGAGUCUACCUUUCCAAGUUCUCACUGCUAGAAAGAGCUGGAAGUACAGUUCAAAUUUCUGGCUUCUGGACUCUGCAGUCCAGGUCUCCCUUCUCCCACUCGCCUACCCUCAAUGCCACACUGUUUUUGAAGUGGCACAUAACUUGAAGGAAAAGUUUAAAGACAGUUCAAUUUAAUCAUCAGAAUGCAUUCUUUUUUUUUUUUUUCGAGACGGAGUUUCACUCUUGCUGCCCAGGCUGGAGUGCAAUGGUGCAAUGAUCUCGGCUCACUGCAACCUCUGCCUCCUGGGUUCAAGUGAUUCUCCAGCCUCAGCCUCCCGAGUAGCUGGGAUUAUGGGCACCCACCACCAUGCCCAGCUAAUUUUUGUAUUUUUUUUUUAGUAGAGAUGGGGUUUCGCCAUGUUGGCCAGGCUGGUCUUGUGAACUCCUGGCCUCAGGUGAUCUGCCCACCUCAUCUUCCCAAAGUGCUGGGAUUACAGGCAUGAGCCACUGCGCCUGGCCUCAGAAUGCAUUCUUACACAUCUAUCCUAGACAUUUAUAAGCACUCUAAUGGAUAACAAUCCAAGAAUAAAUGAUUGUAAAAGAUGAUGCUGAAGAGUUGAUGUCAAUCUUUUUUUCCUAAGAAAAAAAGUCCACGAGUAUUAAAUAUUUAGAUCAAUGUUUAUAAAAUGAUCACUUUGUAUAUCUCAUUAUUCCUGUUUUGGAAUAAAAACUGACCUUCUUCAAUCAUAUACUUGUCUUUUGUAAAUAGCAGCUUUUGUGUCAUUCUGCCCACUUUAUUAGUUAAUUUAAAUUCGAAAAAACCCCCAAACUAAUAUUCUUGUCUGUUUCAGUCUUAUAAAUAAAACUUAUAAUGCAUGUAUUGUUUU